AUGAUGCAACUCUUUCGACCGUUUGUCGAUCUCCUAAGGGCAUGUCGAAGCGGAUAUCUCGGUGUGACAUGGAAGCGGGCCCAAUCAAGUUUCAAAUACGUUCCGGAGGAACGUUCGUUUCCAGAUAGCGCAGGAACCUUAGAAAAAAUGAACCUGUGUCAGGCGAUCAACAGCGCUUUAAAUCUUGGCCUCGAAGAAAACGAAAAUAGUCGAAAAGACCGCGUUUUUAACACGCCGUUAUCCGAACAGGGUAUCGUUGGUUUUGGCAUUGGCGUUGCCGCCACGGGCAUCAAGGCAAUUGCCGAAGUACAAUUCGCUGAUUACAUAAUGCCAGCAUUUGAUCAGGUACUUGCAGUUGACACAUGCUUGCUGCCUAAUGUAUUUGAUGAAGAACCACGCAACGAUGGUGAUCUGUUCGUUCGAAACGGCAUGAUAGCUUGCAAUACGGAGGUCCUAUUUAAAUAUAUUCAAGGCUGA